AUGUCCAGUGACAGGGCAUGUAUGCUAUGUGGGAUUGUGCAAACAACAAAUGAAUUUACCAAUGAUGGUUGUCCCAACUGUCAAGGUAUAUUUGAAGAAGCAGGUGUAUCUACUAUUGAAUGUACCUCUCCAUCUUUUGAAGGACUAAUUGGUAUGUGCAAGCCAAAUAAAUCAUGGGUUGCCAAAUGGAUGAGUGUUGAUCAAUAUAUACCUGGGAUGUACGCUGUUAAAGUGGACGGUAGACUUCCCAUUGAAGUAGUUGACUUACUACCGUACUACAAACCGAGAGAUGGUAGUCAAGUUGAGUAG